AUGCUUCGACUAGCUGAAGAUCACAUGAAGAAAGAGGGCAUGAGCGCGGCUAUGGACUCCAAAUGUUUGUUGCGCUGGGGCAGCGCAUUUGACGGUCUGAAUGCUCCCAGCCAUGUUUUCAAGGCCUUUGGCAUCGCGUCCACCCAAAUCUUUGGGGCAGAGAUUGCUAAGGCGCCGCGUGUCCUCAGCUUUCGCAACACUCCACCCGAGCAUCUCUUUGAAGAUGCACGCGCCCUUGCCAGGAAGAACUCCGAGUUCUUUUGUGUGCGCCACUGGCAGAAAUGUGUGUGCGAGACUACUGAAAACAAGCGCCCCCACAUCUUCAUCGGCGGCUUUGUGCAGAGUGCAAAGAGGUUCGAACAGGACCCUUUGACUCCCACCUCCAGCUCUAUGUCAACCUUUAGUAUGGCUGUGGAUGCUAUUCGCUUCUUCAAGCCCGACUACUUCAUUCUAGAGAAUGUAGAGGGAUGUCGGCUGACCCGAACUAGCGCGAAGAAGGGCGAUGCUGACCUUGAAGGCGACAAACAUUGCAAAACACCCUUGCAAAAGUAUCAUCAGGUUCUCAGUGCAGAAUUGGGGGAAUAUUCUGUGGUGGACCUGAGCAUCUGCUCAGCGCCCUUGCCGGAGAUUCGAUCUCGGGUUUGGAUCCUGGGGUCCAGAAAGAAAUCCUUUCCUGCGUCAGCGUGGAAGUCUGUGGUGAUGAGCCUGGAAGCCAAUGCCAAAGAGAUGCUGCCGCAUCAUUUCCUCCAUCUUGAAGCAUGCCGGUCACCAAACCAGAGGGCGCCUAAGGCUGCUAAGGCGUCAGGACGGGCGCAGGCGGACUGGGAGGUGGGUGCUGAGUGUCACAUGGCCUUCUGCAAGGCUCUCAAGCAAGCAUUUGAGCAAGGGCGACUUGGAAAGGACAAGCCGACGCCCAAGCCGAUCCAGGAGCGGGCAAGUGCAAAGGCCAAGUGCAGACUGACACCCAGGCAGAUGGCUGCUGUAGAUGUCUACGAGCAGAUUCUUGAGAUUGAGAAAGGCAAGUACGAGACGAAAGCCAGCGCACAGCUUGCAGACAUAUCCCAGCUCUACAAUUAUGACACAGGCAGCGUGGAGCCGCCAGAGAAGCACUUGGCCUUGCUUGGCUACAGCCAGCUCGAGGGGUUGGAAAUGGUGAGUGAGAAGGAGCUUUACGACAUGUGUGGGAAUGGCAUGGCGCUGACGGCUGUGGCAAAGGUGAUGUUUGUCGAAGGAGUUCACAAUGCCAUCGCUGAGGAGAUGCAGGCACUGGCCCUCUUGGAUGCUGAGCCAUGGGCAGGGCUGGGAGCUUUGGAUGCAACUGAGUUUGAGAAAAACAUGAAAUCGGUUCGAGUGGCGACUGUUGGAGGUGUUCCUCACAGAGGGCAUUUUCAGAUCUUGGGGCAGGAGACGCUGCUGCAUGCUUACAAGUAUGUGCUGUCGGAGAUGAAGAAGCAGGGUACACUGAACUCCGACUUCCUGCAACGCCUCUCUUGCGUGAGAUGCAAAUUCUUUCUGCUGGAGGAUGACAAGGCUUUUGAGCAGAAGAAGUGGGAGCUUGAUGAGGGCCAGGGUGUCAUGGCCGAUGAACGAACCCUCAUCGGGUUUAACCUUGUGCUUGGUAUUGCUCGCAUCCGCGACUCCCUCUCCGGCCCUGGUGUUGAAGCGAGCCCACAGGAGGUUAGCGCAUGGCUCAAGACAGCAAAGGUCAAGGACAUGUCGGCCAAGGUGGUGGGUGUCUACCUACGGAUUCGGACCCGCUUCCCCCCAGAGGCCGACUCCCUCCUCGUCUGGGUCUUGCAUGAGUUCGUCUACAGAGCUACUGUCUUGAAUCUGAAGGUGGAUGCCAGCAUGAAGCGACAUGAGCUGAUUCCAUUCAUUGGUCGGUCGCUGGCAAAGCGGCGGAUCGUGGCCUACUUUGUGGCCCGGUUCAAGCCAGCAGACAAGGACGGGGCGCAGUACACUGCAGGACGGUCUCCUGCACAGGCGCCUCACCUUGGCUGGCUGAAGGAGCUCCCGGACUUCAUGCAGGAGAUCGUUGAAUUCUUGGCCGCCGUCUUGAGUGGUGCCCAGAAGUAUGACCAGGCCAUCGACAAGCAAGUGGCAGAGAACUUUUUGGUUCCGGCAGAGCGGCUCCUCGCCGACAAAGAGACUUUCCCUAUCGAUGUGGAAAUGCUCGAGAACGAUGUGGCCAUAUGGCUAAAGCCGCCAGCGCCACCUGCGUCGGCCAAGGCCGAGGAGGUCGUCAAAGAGGUGAACCCAGAGGAGACUACAAAAGAAUCUGCGCCGGAGGAGACUGCAGUGCCAGAUCCGCUUGUCGAGGCGGAGGCUGUCACUGACCACACUCCGGGAAGAUCCGAAGAGUUCCCGCUGCUCUUCCUCAGCCGCUGCCAGCAGGACAUGCUGGACAGGCUGCAGCAAGAUGACUGGGAUAAAGCAUUCAUGCAGGCGUGCACCAGCGCCAAGACGGCCAAUAUCAUUACCGGGAACCUGGACAUGGACACCGCUGCCGAAAGGCUUCCCAUCCUGCAUGUCGUGGACUGCAAAACAAUGUCCGUUUCGGACUCCGAGACAGCGAUCCGCUAUCCGUUCCGCUAUGGUCCAGCCCUGGACACCACAAAACUCAAGCUGACGCUAGCCUCUAUCUUCGGCUCGGACGCCGCCAGCCCAUCGCCGUUUCGGUCGACUGAUGCCUGCCUCAUCUUCGAUGGCCGUAGCCGCAAGUAUGACAAGGAGGUCAUUAAGCAGCUGAAUGCGCACUUGAAGUUUGUGGCCAAAGAGGACCUGCCAGCGCGCAAGUACGAAGUCUUCCGAAUCCACUACCACAACCGAUCCUCGACUUGA